AUGUCGGUGUUCUCACUGGAUGCGAGCCAUGGCAACCCCGUCACGACGGAAACCCUAGACAAACUUUGCUCACAGCUUGGCAUGCCGAUAGAUGAAAAAGAGAAGGAAGACUAUCGACGCCUACUUGCAGUUUUCCAUGAUGCAAGCGAACAGCUGAUGGCUAUGGACGACUACGUCCCACGUGUGGAUGAAGAUCGUUUUCCGAGAGAAAAUGUACAUUUUCCAGAGAGAUCGGAAAACUCUCAUGGAGCGUGGGCAUGGAAGUGUGAUAUCAUUGACAAGCUCGCUGACGGCAAAGGCAAGCUGCACGGUAAGACCUUUGUUUUGAAGGACAACGUAGCUAUCAAAGGGGUACCCAUGCUGCUAGGCACCAACUUCAUCAAAGACCAUGUUCCAGAUCUCGAUGCAACUGUCACAACCCGUAUCUUGGAAUCAGGUGGGCGUAUCUUGGGAAAAGCUGUUUGUGAAAAUCUAUGUCACUCAGCAACAAGCCACUCUUCCGGUACUGGCAUAGUUGAGAAUCCGUUUGCGAAAGGCUAUAGUGCAGGUGGAAGUUCCAGCGGAUCAGGGGUAAUCGUCGCUUUAGGCGAAGCCGACGGAGCGAUUGGUGCAGAUCAAGGAGGAAGUAUUCGUGUCCCAGCCGCCAACUGCGGCAUCGUGGGUCUAAAGCCUACAUUCGGACUUGUCCCUUACACGGGCUGUGGCAGCAAUGAACCAACCAACGACCAUAUCGGCCCUAUGACACGUACUGUUCUCGAAAACGCUCUUCUCCUCGAAGCUAUCGCAGGCGAUGAUAAAAUUGAUGAUCGCUCCUUCGCUGCACCACACCCCUCCAAGAUCCCACUCUACACCUCCAUAUCCAAUCUCCCCCUAGAAAAACCCCUCCAAGGCAAGAAAUUUGCAAUAAUUACCGAAUCCCUCUCCACCCCCGCCAUGGACAACCGCGUAGCCCAAGCCUUCCUCGCCGCAGCCUCAAAAUACACUUCAUUCGGCGCAACCGUAACCCAAGUCUCCAUCCCCCUGCACGCCAAAGGCGCCGCGAUAUGGACCGGUAUUUCCAAAGUCGGUGGUUUCCUAAGCAAAACCAGUGGCUCCUUUGGGCGCCGUACGCACCAAAUGCUUCCCUUGAACACUCUCUUCCAGCAAGCCGCAACAACCCCGGAAAGCUGGGAUGAAGCAUACCCUUCUACAAAGAACAUUUAUCUCAACGGAUUAUAUGCAACGCAGCAGUUCCCAAAUCUCCUUGCUAAAGCGACAAAUCUAUCCAGACAGCUGCGUGACGCAUAUGAUGAGGUGCUAAGUGAGUAUGACUUGUUGCUUACGCCUACACUUCCGUAUGUUGCGACGAGUCAUCCAUCGCCUGAUGCGACGCCGUUGGAGCAGGUGGCGAAGCAGGUUGGGUUGACGUCGAAUACGGCGCCGUUUAAUCAGAGUGGGCAUCCGGCGCUUGCGUUACCGAUUGGGUUCUUGGAUGUGUUGGAGGGGCCGGGCGUGCAGAAUGGAGUACGACUCCCGGUUAGCAUGCAGAUUGUUGGAAAGUGGUGGGGGGAGAUGGAAGUUUUGGAGGCGGCGUACGCGUGGGAGCGGGAGUGGAAUUGGAGGGAGUUGUGA